UUGUGCGAUGUGCCAUCUCUAGCGCGAAAUAAGCAACGCUAAAAAAAAGCAAUAGCAAAAAAGCAAAGCAAGAGCAUCGGAGCUGGGAAAAUUCGCAGAGUUCUAGCAAAAGCCCGUGGUGGAGGAUUGGUUUCUGGAGAAGAUUGAGUGGCGGAUAUACCAAAAGGAGAAGAUCCUGCCGCACACACUCGCUAUCCCUUCAUAUCGAGUGUGCAGGGGUGUGUGAGUGCGUGUUUUUACACCUACACAACAAUUCCAACUGUGUGUGGAAGUGUGUGUGCAUGUGAGUGUGCAUCUCAACGAGAACUAUCGAAAAUCGCUCUUUUUCUGGGUAAACAAAAACAAAACAAUUAGAUGUGAGCAGCAGGAUCGUGAGUAUACGGAUCGGAUCAAGAUACAGAUCCGGAUCAGGAGCACAAGUCCAGUGAAUCGGCACCAGAAGCAUCAGCAGCAUCAUCAUCAGCAGCAGCAGCACCAGCAGCGACAGCACCAACAGCCCCAGUGAAGCAACAUGUCCUCGUCGACGUCAGAGCGCAAGCGCUACCACAAGGACAACGCGCCCACAGACGACAUCCUUACGCUGAUCAACCUGGUGCGCCAGAAUCCAGCCCUCUACAACUACAAACUGCAGCCAAACCAGCGACGCCGCUCCGAUGUCCUCAAUGGAUGGCAGGAGGUUGCCCAGCAGAUAGGAAACAAGUACACGGUGCAGGAGGUGCGGCGCAAGUGGAAGAACCUGCGGGACACGUUCCACCAGUACCGCCUGCGCACGCCCAAGUACAUCGAGGGCCGACUGUCCAAGUGGCGCUACGCCAAGGAGCUGGACUUCCUGUCGACGGUGUACCAGCCCAAGCUAAAGUCCCACCGGAACACCCAGAGUGGCUAUGAGGCGAACGGUGGAGGAGGAGGAGGAGGAGCAGGAGCAGGAGCAGGUGGAGGCAGUGGAGGCGGCGGCGUGGGAGGCGGUAAUAGCAACAGUUUGCCCAUUGGUUCGAUGCUGCAUCUGAAGCAGCAUGUGGACGACGACGAUGAUGAGAUGGUGGACGAUGAUGGGCAAUCGGAUCACGAUACGGGCACGCUAUCCUCACAUCACGGCACCUCGCAGAUCACAUUGGUCAGCGACGAGGCGGAGACCUUCAUCCUGACCGCCUACGAGGAGGGCGUUUCGGAUGACACUGUCUCGCAGCACCAUCAUCACCAUCAUCAUGGCCACCAUCACCACCAACACCACCAGCAGCAGCAGCAGCAUCACCACCACCAGCCGCACCACCAUCAUCACCAUCAUCAUCAUCAGUCGCAGCACGAUGGCAGCAUCUCCAGCAUUGAACUCUCCCAGAUUGCCCACGAUGAUGAUGUGGUCGACGAUGUGGACGACGACGACGAUGUCGUCGAUCACGAUGGCCAGGUGGACAUUGUGAAGCAUGAACUGGACGAGGACGGUGCCACCGGCGCCGAGGUGGACUACGAGGAGGUCUGCCUGUACGAGGAGGCCAGCGGUGCCCAUGUGGAUUGCGAAAUGGGCGUGGGCGAUGCCGUAGAUGGCGGCAGCGAUGUCACCCACGGCAAGGACUUCCACUACAUCGAUGCGCAUGACUUUUGCAUAUCGGACAUUGAGCCGCAAACGGUUCGCUCCACUCAGCAUCAGUUUUCGAGCAGCGGCGGAUCGGGCAAUGCCUCGAAUAGUGUCCUCGCCGGCGGCACUGUGGUGGCCGAUGGCAAGCUCAAGAAUCUCACGCUGGUCACCACCACGGCCACUGCGGCGUCCGGAGGAGGCGGUGGACCAUCAUCCAAUCGUCACGAUUCCUCGGUGUCUGCAACGCAGCAGAUUUCUCUGGUGGAUGUGACCGAGGCCACCAGUACCAGUGUGACGAUUUCCAGCACGCCGGCGAUUUCGCUGAAUGCCGCCACGGUGACCACCACACCGGCAGCGGCACUAUGCAACACCACAUCCUUCACAUCCACGCCAACGGCCACGAUCCUUCAGUUGCCGUCCCUGAGUUGCGGAUCGGGAUCCGGAUCGGGAUCUGGAUCCGGCCAGCCAUUGGCCGUCAGUGCGGCGGCCAGCAGCUCCAACAAUCUUGUCAAGGAGGACGAGCUGCAUCAGCAGCAUCAAGUGGCCCAGGCGCUGGCCAAACGUGAUGAGCUCGAUCUGUUCUUUGACUUCCUCAAGAAGAAGAUGCAGUGCUUCAGCAAGACGCAGAUCACGCACAUUCAGAUGGAGUUCCUCAAUUGCGUCAGUCGGCAGGAGGUGGCCGAGCAGGAUGGCAAGGACUAGAAACAUCCUUGCUAAUCCUCUGAUGAACCUUCCCCUCCCCCCCCAACACACACACACACACAAUCCCCCCGCGAUCCCCGAGUAGUUGCUUAGUUUUUUCCAUGUAUAGGAUUUAGGAGUCGUACCGUUUACCAGUUUGCAAGUUCGCGGCUUCCGUGUUCUUCAGUUAGCUUUACCCUUACCACCCACAAUCAACAGCAAAUCGCAUGUACACAUAUAUAUAUAAAUACACAUAUAUAUAUAUAUAUAACCCAGCGUUAUAUAAAAAAUUGUAAUUGAAUUUAAGUGUAUAAUAAAUCGAUUCUCGAAAA